UUCAGAUUUGAUCUGUCUCGGUUACCGUACAUGCCUCCGCUCUGUAUUGGCGCAUUUUAAAUGGAAGUCGACGGCUGCAGACAUCUGGCCGUUUUCUUUCUGAUCGUUUAUGUCUGGCACCGCAAGUCUCUCUGGCUUGUGCCGGGUCACCGAGCACCUUUUCCUGAGUAGUAGCAGAGCAGCGAAGGACUGCUCCCAGGUGACUGGAAAUGGGAUAACCUGCAUCAUAAACGCCACAGAAACCAAGAACGAUGCUGCUCCUCCUCCCGGAGUGGAGUACAUCCACAUCCCGGUGCCCGACUCCCCGCAGUCCCCGCUCAGAGACCACUUUGACCAGGUGGCGGAUAAAAUACACAUCACCGCGGAGCGCCACGGCUGCACACUGGUGCACUGCAACGCCGGGGUGAGCCGCUCCGCCGCCCUCUGCUUGGCCUAUCUCAUGAAGUACCGCGGGGACAGCCUGCGGGAGGCCCACCGGCUGCUGAAGAGCUGUCGGCCUAUCGUCAGGCCGAACCCCGGGUUCUGGAGGCAGCUCAUCCAGUAUGAGGCGGAGCUGCGUGGGAGCAGUUCAGUCAGGAUGGUGCCUUCUUGUUUUGGAGAGAUACCUGACAUUUACGAAGAGGAGACACGGAACAUGGUGCUUCUGUGAAGAGACACUCACUCAUUGGGGCAAUGAACUGUGGUGCUGAUGAGCAGUGAUGUAAACAUGAGUCAUCUUUGGGUUAGAAAGACAGACUUACUGGCACUGGGAGAUUUUUAUAAACUAAGUAAAUACUUGUUUG